GGCAGGAUAUGCUGAGAUGCUUGAGGUUCAGGAAUGCCAGAGGAAAGCUAGAAGAAGUGCAUCCUAAGUAUGUUGAUAUUUGGUGUCAGUUACUCGGGUCUUGGCCUUCUAUGGUUCAUGGAGGGUGCAGGUUCGUGAUCCAGCCUAGGUUGUGGUUCUUGGAGCAGAUCAGGAUAUUAAGGAGAAGUAAAGUGCAGUGGAUGGACGGAAGAGUAUUAAAGAUGCCAGAUGAGGAGGAUGAGAUAUAUGCCAGGUUUGGAUUAAGUGUGGAUCAGAUCGGAUUCCAAUCCUGGAGAAACCCUGUGGAUAAAGUUCGAGGUCUUGUGCGUCCUCCUGGAAUAAACGUGGAGUUGUUGGUAUUUGAUCCUAGUGUCACAAAGAAUACUGUGAUUGGAAGGAGGUGUGCUGCGUUAGGAAGAUCUCAACGAUGGGCGAUUCUGGAGUGGGCUAGGUUGAACCCGGAGAAGAUCCGGUUUUUCUUUGCUAGGAUGAUCAGAGAUAAAGGGUUCAGGAUCUUCUAUAAAGGGAUUUAUGAUGCUCUGAGGUUAAUGCACAAGCGGUUGUUUGAUACCAACGCUCCCAAGGUUGGGAGAAUAGAGGAGCAAUUGUGUGGGUCCUUGGAUAAUGUGGUUAUAGAGGAGCGUGCCGCAUUAGAGAGGGCUGCUCAGAUGUAUAAGAUCAGGAUGGAGAGAGUUCUUUGGGUUGAAGGAGUUAGAGCUGAUUGGGAGUUCAAGGAGCGUCCUAAAUGGCGUGAUGGAAUGCCUGCACUUCCUGCCUGGAAGAGGAAGGAAGGAAGGAAACGAGAGAGGUCGUCAUCCAGAGCUCAAGGGAAGAAUCCUAAACCUAAGAAGAGAGCGAGAAAAGUUCUUGGUGUUGGAUCAGGUCGUGCUCUGGUCCCUGUUCAGUCUGCCUCUGGCAGAAGUGAUCCAGGGACUGAGAGCAGUCUAGUUCGAUACAAGGUUUCUGCUAAUCUUGAGAGAGGUGAUGAGAUGGCGGAGAACUCAGAUGAGGUGGUGAUGAUAGAUGAGGAUGGAAAGGUACUAGAAGUUCCUGAUGAUGAAGAUGUUCUUUUGACAAAGAAGAGGAGGGCGAGUUCUAGGAGCAGGAGUGGAGUGUGCAGUUUGGAGAGGAGAGUGAUGACCUAUGAUGAGACAGUUGAAAGUUUCCAAAGAGUAUUGGAUUCUGAUGGUGAGCUGGAUGAUGAUUUCCGGUUCGAAAUACCUGAGGAUGUGGAGAAUGUGGAGGUGUAAGGUUGGGUUAUGCCCCUCGGAACCUAAAUGCUUUAUUUCAGCUAUUUGUUUUAUAUAAAUAUAUAUUUUUUGAGGAUAUGAUGUCGUCUUAUUUUUUUUACCUGGAAUGUAUGGGGUAGAAAUCAUGCACUUGGUUUCAACCUUUUGCUAGCUGGGGUCUUUAUUAAAAAUGAUUUCUUUGCCUUUGCUCUUUGGUUGGGGAGUGUUUCGUGAGUACCCUCACGAUAUGUUGCGCCCCUGAGAAAUGAUGGAGAGUACGGUGGAAAAACUUGUUUGCGUACAGAUCCUGCCAGCCCUGUUUAAACUGUUGACCCGGUACGCCUUAGUCUAGUGUUAGAAGUUGUGUCGUAAACAUAUUACACCGGUUUUCUUGUUUUAUGACCGAAUAUUUGAAAAAGUGAAUACUAAAAAUGUGUUCUUUUUCAGAAUAAAAUUGUUUUAGUCUGAUUCAACUGAUAAUAACGAUAAUCGGCCUUGUAAGACACGUAGAGAUUGAACGUGUAUAUAGCUGGAACCUGUUCUAGAAAGAAUGGCAGGAUCUUCGCGUAGUUACAAUCCAUCUCGCAAGCCGGAUAUUAGGUAGCCUCUUAUUUUUGGGAGUUACUGUAAGUUUAUGAUUUGUCAAGUGCUCUGGGGGCACGAAACACCUCCGUAACCUGACCUCCCUAGGGAAACCAACCUUUGAUAAACCUCGAGGUUAUUCAAAGGUUGGUAUCCCUUCAAAGUAAUCAUAAAUUGAAAUCAUUAUAAAUCAAUGCAAGUUACAAUUGAAACAAUGUUUGUAAAUGAGAAGAUUAUCAGAAUAUAUUCAUUUUGUCCAUUCUCACCAUGAAGCACAAGAAAGUUGCAUUUUAACCCAUUGGUGGCUGGGGUUAUGUGACAAAAACUUGUCCCCCCCCCUGACCCCUUGAAAUACCCCACCGUGACCCCCUUCUCCUGCAUCACGGUAGAAUUUGUCAAAACUAUUAAAAUUAAAAGGAACUAAACACUGGCCUCAAUCUCUAACGUUCUUAUAAUCCCUAUAUAAUUGCGAUCUGAAGGUCAGACUCAAAACCAUUAAAAUGACCAAACGUCGACUGUUUGAUCUAAUCGAAUUUGACAACUUGAAAUAUAACUUUGAGUUGCAAAUAUAUAAAGAUCAUAAAAGCGGAUUUUCGACGAUCGUUAUCAGUUCCUUUAUGUUUAUCUUCUAAGAACAAUUGAAUG